UUUACAACGCAUGCGUGGAGCUGGACACGGGAAAUGGUUUAAAAAGUCAAAACAAGUAGAUGCCGUGCUCAUGUUAUAAAUUGGACAAGUGACAGCUAUGGAAUAGCCACUGCUAUAAAUUAAAAUCUGCAGCAAUCAAAUGGACCUUGAUGAAGCGUAUACUGUAGUAGGAGAAUUUGGCUGGUAUCAGAAACGGGUGACAGGCUUCUUAGUUCUGCUACAGAUUUAUGUAGCAUGCCAGUCAAUGCUAAUUGUCCUUGUGGGUGCUGUACCGGAGUAUCAUAUUGACAAUGAAGACAUUCCUUUCAACAAAGAAGAGUUUACAAAACACGUUCACUUUGCUAAUAACUUUACAUCUAUAGUUUCUGAGUGGUACUUAAUCAAGCAUGAAGCAUACAAAGUCAACCUGGCAUCAUCAUUAUUUUUUGUUGGACUUCUCAUUGGCAAUGUUUUGUUUGGCCCUUUGUCUGAUAAACUAGGCCGGAGACCAGUAUAUUUAACAGGCCUAUUUUUUGACAACAUAUUUGGAUACUGCUCUGCUUUGGCCCCUAAUUAUGUAUUUUUUGCUGCAUCACGUUUAUUUGUUGGAAUUAUGAAUGGAGGAAUGUCACUGGUUUCUUUUGUACUAACUCAAGAAUAUGUUGGAAAAUCCUAUUGGGCCUUGACAGGUUCCUUGACCAAUCUUAGUUUUGCUCUUGGGAUAGCGUUUUAUGCUUUGUUGGGAUACUAUAUAAGAGACUGGAGAACACUUGCAAUCAUUGCCAAUUCUCCUGGACUAAUCUUCUUUCUUCUGUCACUUUUACUUCCUGAAUCUCCUAGAUGGUUGUAUUCUCAAGGAUAUAAAGACAAAGCUGAGGAAAUAUUGCAGCACAUGGCCCGUGGCAAUGGGAACCAAUGUGCGAAAAUACAUUUAAAAGAAUGUGCAGUAACCAGAAAAUCUAGUGAUUCAGCACACAGUGUAUUCGAUAUAGUAAAAUAUGGAGUACUUUUCUGGAGAACGAUUAUCUUAAUGUAUAUCUGGUACGUCUGCAGUCUGGUUUACUACGGUCUGACCUUAAAUGCCGGUGAACUGAAAGGCAAUCUGUAUUUAAAUGUAGCACUCUACGGGCUUGUGGAAGUACCAGCUUUUCCAUUAUGCUUAUUUUUUAUUGAGAAGUCUUGGUCUGGAAGGCAAAAAGCAACAGCAGGUUUUCUGGUAUUUGCUGGCUUUGCCUGCAUAUUCACGCUGUUUUUACCAGAUAAUAAUCGUUUUUUCCUAACGCCGACAACACUUGCAUUAUUUGGUAAAUUGUCUGUCAGCGCAGCCUUCAAUGUAGUGUAUAUAUACACUUCCGAACUGUAUCCCACGGUGGUAAGGAAUGCUGGCUUAGGCGUCUGUGCUAUGGCUUGUAGAUUUGGGGGCAUCCUUGCACCAUUUGUACCUUCAAUGAAAUCUCUUAAUCCAUCAAUGCCGUUCAUGACAUUUGGAAUUAGUGGAAUAUCAGCGGGAAUCUUGAGCCUGCUACUGCCAGAAACACUUAAUAAGCCUAUUGCUGAGCGAAUUGAGGAUCUGCAGCCGCCUGCAUACCAAUUGCUCACCAAGGGAAACAGAGUACAAGACAGCACUUGAAACCAAAAUGACAUCCCAUAUAAAGUAAUUGGAUUUAUCUUAAUAUGGGCUCUUCAAAUAGCUGGUUCAUGGAAAUGUUAAUACAAUGGCUUAAAUAAGUUAUUCAAGACAUCUCUGAAAUAUAAUACAAUUGUGAUUUAUUUUUUUAAAUGUUUUUAGUCUUUAAAAAUAUUGCUGUAAUUUUGAGAUACAUUAAAUCAAUCUUUGUUGGUCUGAUUUUGUUAAGAAAAAAUUGCUGUGAUAAUUUCUUUACAUCACAGAAGAAUUUCACUGUGCUGGGCUAUAAAUACAUGAAAGUAAACAAUAUUUUUGGAAAGUACCGUAUUUCUGCAUAUAAGAUGCAGCAAACCUUUAGAGAAGGGGUCCGCAACCUUUGGCCCCCAGAUGUUUUGGAACUACAUUUCCCAUGAUGCUGAGACACUCUUUAGGCUGUCUGAGGACACAUUUUAGAAGAAAAAAAAAUAAGUGCAUGUAAUGUUCAUAUGUCGGUUCCAUAUGGGUUGCAUUGAUUUGUUUUUUGAAUAGCCAAUGGAAUAUGCAGUGGCUUGAUUUGUAUGGACAUGACUUAUAGCUAGCUUAUAGAUUUAUCCUGCAGAUAGAAGUUCUAAGAUACAAACUGCACUUCUUAACAAUUCAUUCAGCUUAUAAAAUAAAUGACAAUUUGAAGAAA